UAUAGUGGCAAAAAUAGAGGUGAAGAAAAACUCAUGGCUUCAAAUUUGCUUUAUUCAUGGUGCCUUGGCAUAUUCAUGGUGUUAACGGCGGUGGUUGGCGGAGCAGCGGCGGCGGGAUAUUCCGCCGCAGGAUUUCAGCCUAGUCCAUGGAAACAAGCCUAUGCCACAUUUUAUGGCGAUGAAACGGCUUCCGCCACCAUGGGCGGAGCAUGCGGGUACGGAAACUUGUUCAGCACCGGUUACGGCACCGACACGGCGGCGUUGAGCACGGUGCUGUUCAGCAAUGGGUAUGGGUGCGGUCAGUGCUUCCAGCUACGUUGUAUAAAUUCCAAGUGGUGCAACAAGGGAUCGGCCAUCACCACCGUCACUGCCACCAAUCUCUGCCCGCCCAACUGGUCGGAGGACUCCAACAACGGCGGAUGGUGCAACCCGCCCCGCACCCAUUUCGACAUGGCCAAGCCAGCUUUCAUGAAGAUCGCCCAGUGGAACGGCGGCAUCGUGCCAGUCAGCUUCCGCAGAGUAGCAUGCGUCAGAAAAGGCGGGAUAAAAUUCCGAUUCGAGGGGAACGGGUACUGGCUGCUGGUGUACGUGAUGAACGUGGGAGGUGGAGGCGACGUCGCGAACAUGUGGGUGAAGGGCGGGAAGACGAACUGGAUCAGCAUGAGCCACAACUGGGGUGCCUCUUACCAGGCAUUUGCAACCCUUGGUGGCCAGCCUCUCUCCUUCAAGAUAACUUCAUACACUACUCAUCAAGUUCUAGUUGUCAAUAAUGUUGCUCCUGCAAAUUGGCAAGUGGGAAUCACUUACACUGCCAACGUCAAUUUUCAGUGAUCUUUCAUAUAUCACCUUACUUUCUGUUUCUACAACAUUAAUUAUUCGAUUGGCCGUGUUGUUUGCUAACUUUUUUUUUUUUUUUUUUUUAUGAGUAAUUAAUGGAGAUACAAAAUGAUAUAUAGGUAUACUUUUAUUUAAUUUGUUUA